AAUUGUGGUCCGUCAUGGAAGCCGGUGUUUGGAGAGUGGAAUAAAUUCGCGUUUGGUCUCUGCGAUGGAAGAAACGCAUGAGAGAGCUCCAUCAGUGAUUGAUCGCUAUUAUACACGAUGGUAUAAGACAGAUAUGAAAGGAAGGUCAUGUGAAGACCAUUGCAUCCUACAGCACUCAAACAGGAUCUGCAUCAUCACUCUUGCAGAGUCUCACCCCAUCCUCCAGCAGGGACGCAAAAUCAAGAGCAUCGAUUACCGGAUCAGUGACGGAUGCAGCCGCCUGAACAACAAAGUAUCUGGCAAAUCAAAGCGAGGUGGUCAGUUCCUGACCGAGUUUGCGCCACUGUGCAGAAUAACAUGUACGGAUGACAUCGAGUACACCAUCUUCAGCUGUAUCAGAGGCCGUCUCUUAGAAGUCAACGAAGACAUCCUGAAACGCCCUGAUCUGCUACUGGAGAAGCCCUCCACCAAUGGCUACAUAGCAGUCAUCUUACCCAAGUUGGAAGAAAGCAAAACUGUCACCAAAGACCUUCUGACUAGAGAACAAUAUGACGACGUCGUCUCUAGACGAAGUACUCAACCACCACAAGAGUCUCUCUGAAAUCAACAGAAAGAGCACUCUCACUGUGUUUAGUCAAAUGUUCAUAUUUAAUAUUAUAUCCCUCAUCAAAAAAUUCCUGUGCAGGGUUUGGCCAAGGACAUAAUAGUUUCACCACUGAUUAAUGUAUCUUGCGACAUCAAAAAAAAAUGGAUAUGGUGUGAGUCCAGUCAUGGUAUAUCCUGGAUAUACCAUUAACUGAUGUCACAAUUUCAAGUUAUACGGCCAACUCGAGUCACAGCUGUGGCUCUGUGAGCAUUUCUGCAUGUGUAGAUCUACGUAUCAUGAUCAUGCUUAGCGAGGCAGGUGAUAGCAUGGUAGAAAAUAAAUAAGAAUAAAAAAAAAUGGUAUAUUGCACAUGUGCAGGUCGAAGGUCACUCCGACAUAAACAACAAACAUGGCUGCCUCCAGUGAGCUUAUGUCAAUCUCAGACAAAAGUUAAACACUCGGUAUGGAAUUUUUUGAUGGGGGAUAUUUAAGUUAUUCUACGAAAUUGAGUUGUACGUGAGCUGAUGAGGCGCGUAGCACCGAGUUGUCUAUAAGCCAUGUAUGAUGAGAUUGAGUGGGAUAACUGUUUUAUUCUAUCCACAUUCACUGGAUUUUGAGAAACGGAGCAUUAUUAUUUUUUGCAAAUUCGAUAAAUAAAAACUUUAUAGAAAAUGUCCGACAAAAUCAUUUCUGCUUAGAAUGUAAACAAACUGGCGAAAUGAGUAGCAAUUUGUGAAAAAUGUGAUAAUUUGUGAAAAAUAAAAAAUGUUCUUACCAUCAAAUCUUUUUUUAUAAUUUUUUUUUUUUGUGGUUGUUUCCAAAUAGUUUUUAUUUUGUCCUCAGUUAGUUCAGCAACACGCGCCGCCAUUUUGUUUUCCUCUACUCACGGUAUAUGAGCUGAUAUCCUAGUAGUAGAGUAGCCAAUCCGAGUGCGUGAUUGCUCAUAUGCAGUGAAUGUGGAUAGAAUAAAAAUCAAAUAUACCAUGCACUGAGAGGCACCAGCAGUUAUGGAUUCUCUUCAGUGACUGGCAUAAUACUAUUUUCUUCGGGGCUGUGACACAAAAUAGUACUAUACCAGUCACCUCAGAGCAUCCAUAAUUUCAAUCGGAUCCUCUCCGUGCAUGGUAUAUUUGAUUAUUUUUUAUUAUUUAGUUUUGUACAGGAUAUGAUUGAUGUCAACCCUGAAUUAUUAUUAUUUUUUUUGUAUUAGCACCAAAUAACUGAUCCAAAUACUGUUUAGUCAGACCUUUCAAACGAUUAGUUACAGGAUCAGAUGUUCAUUUGUACUUACCAGUAGUGGGUCAGUUUGGUUAUCGUAUGAUGUUUGUGUUACCAUUCUCUGCACAUUCACACACAAUUUUGUAAAUAGACAAAUAAAAGACAGUCCACAAUGUAAGAAAAAUAAUGU